UAAGAAUUACUGCAACUGAAGCCCCAAUUAGCCACAGGAAACUGCCAACAAACAUAGGUCUACAGACAAUUCAUUGUGCAUGACUAAUAGAAGUCUGUGUGUGUAUAGAUCUAUCUAUAUAUAUACUGUGUGGUACCUGUAUGAAACUAUUACGCCCAAGCCAGAGUGGUUGCUUUUGGCCUUGAACUUGACUUCAACUUGGCUAUGUUUACUUAAGGCGUGGCAAAAGUUGCCCUAUAAAGGAGAACAGGCAUAGUUCCAGCCUGCCUGUUUCUCUGUUGGUGUUGGCUGGAGAGUUACACCGGAGGCACUGCAGGAAAGGGGCACAAUGCUCGCCCCCAGCUCCACUCUGAUGCUGGAGCGGGGCCGGCAAACCACAGGAGCAACAGGAAGCCUCCAGAACCUGAAGAGGUUUAAUAGCCAGGACUUCAAAAACCUACGAGCCUUGUGUCUGAGCCAAGGGCUGCUCUUUGAGGAUGACACCUUCCCUGCUCACAUCAGCUCCAUUGGUCCCAACCUGCUCCCAGAGGAUGAGCUGCGACGAGUACAAUGGAAGAGGCCAACUGAGCUUCAUAGAAAUCCUCAUUUGAUCAUGGAUGGAGUUAGCAGAUUUGAUAUCAUGCAAGGAGAAAUAGGUGACUGCUGGAUGCUGGCUGCCCUGGGCUCCCUGACACUACGAAAACAAUUUUUGGAAGAUGUUUUACCAAAGGACCAAGGAUUCCAGGACGAUUAUGCUGGGAUUUUUCAUUUCCGGUUCUGGCAAUAUGGAGACUGGGUGGAUGUAGUGAUAGAUGACCGACUGCCAGUCAUAAAUGGAAGAUACCUGUUUGUGCACCCUCGAACUUCAAAUGAAUUCUGGCCAUCUUUGCUGGAAAAAGCAUAUGCCAAGCUGCGGGGCUCCUACCAAAACUUGAAUGGAGGCUACCUUUCUGAUGCUUUAGUAGACUUCACAGGUGGAAUUCAAGUGCAGUUUUCAUUGAAGGAUCCACCUCCUGAUCUGGAGGAGAUACUGAAAGCAGCUGACAAAUCUCGGUGUCUCAUGGGGUGUAGCACCCCAGGCCAGGCAAACAGGAACAUAGAGCUGAGGAAUGGGAUUGUACAGGGCCAUGCCUACACUAUCACAGGAGCUGUGAAGAUCCGCUACAAGAACGGCUGGAAACAUAUCAUCAGGAUUUGGAAUCCAUGGGGCCACGGGGAGUGGAAGGGGCCCUGGAGUGACGAGUCUCCUCAGUGGGAUUAUGUUGAGCCUAAAUACAGAGAAGCCCUCCUCAGAGAUAAGGAUGAUGGAGAAUUCUGGAUGUCCUGUGAACACUUCCAAGAGCAGUUUUCAUGGGUAUAUAUAUGUAACAACACCCCAUCGUUUUUGGACUUUGGAGAUCAGCACUGCACAACAUGGUCUCUGGAAAGGCACAUCAACCUGUGGAGUCCAGACCCUGCCACAAGAAGGAACUACUAUUCCUCAGCAGGUGCAGUUUCAACAAACCCUCAAUAUUUUUUCAAAGUGCCAGAUUAUGAUCCCAAAACCUAUAAUGUAGUAAUUUCACUCAUGCAAAAACACGCUGAGCAUGUGCAGGAUGCAAAAAACCUGAAGAUUGGCUUUUUCAUCACCAUGGAGAACUCCAAAGUUCUGAAACAAGUUUUUUCUCCAAUUCGAGAUGUGACCAACUACUUUAUCUUGAGCCCAGGAACCUAUGCCGUUUAUCCUGCUACAACAGAGAAUCAAGAAUUUGAAUUUCUCUUGCGAAUUUUCAUAAAGAAUCAAGACUACAAAGAGAACUCAAACUCCCUGACCAACCCAGUGUUGCCGAUGGAUGUACCGACACAGAACCAGGACAGCUCAUAUAAGGCUCUUUUCCUAAGAUACGCUAAGCAGGGCUCAGCUGUUGAUGCCUCGCAGCUGCAACAACUGCUUAAUGAAGUGAUCCUGCAAGAUGAAAUGACCAGCCUGGGAGGAAAAUUCAGCUUCGAUUCAUGCAGAGGCAUUUUAGCUCUGAUGGAUCUCAACUCGAACGGACGACUCACGCUGCAGGAGUUCGGGAGCCUCUGGCGAAGUCUCACUAAGUACAUGGAUAUCUUCAGGAAGGAAGACAGAAACCAUUCUGGAUUUCUUGAUGCUGCUGAACUGAAGGGUGCGAUACAUACAGCAGGCCUGGCCACUAACGACCAGCUCCUGCGUCUGCUGCUCUUGCGCUACGGCGAUGCCGAGGGGAGAAUUGGCUUCUCUGACUUUGUGUGCUGCAUGAUGCGCCUCGAAACCAUGACCUAUGCAUUUCAAAACUUAGCAGAGGGCGGAUCAAAAAUGUCGAUGACGGCAAUGGAGUGGCUGACUCUUGUCAUGUACACCUAAAGGAAUGUCAGAGCUCAUGGUGGCUUCUCUGCUCCUUUGUAGAACACUGCCCAAGGCCAUCCCAUACAAAAGCCAUCCAUGGGGUUCUUGAAAAACCACUGCGAAGGAGUGAAGCCAUGGGCAAUUUGGUUGGUUACACUGGAUAGUACUCAGAUGUUGGGAUAAAGAGUCCUUUUCAGGCAAACUGGAGUUGCAUUGGAGAGAGAAGAGGAGCUAAUGAGAGUGAUCUCUAGGCAAGCUGGUAGUAUUUAGUGGUCUGGGCAAGCAAUCUCCUCUCCUCUUCCCGUAAAUAGUACGGCUGGUUCUCCUGAUCAGGAGAACCUGCACAGAAGUCAGGAACAGCUCCAUUAACCCAAUUGCAAAUAAGAAUAACAACAUGCCUUUUGUGUGGAAGGACUGUGUAUUGUGUAGGUUACAAAAACAAUUCAGACAGAGUUUUAUUUGAAUUAUUUCUUAAUUUGCUUGUGUGCCAUUUCUAAAUGCCAGAAAAAGAUUAAAGAAAUUAGUCAUAACUCAUAAAUAACACCAGAAGAUUUUUGAUUUUAUUUAUACUUUUAAUGAAUAAAUUAUUUUCAAAAAAAGUCUUGAGCAUAUUUGAGUUCAUCUAUAGGGAUUCCAUUUUAUUUGCUACAGCAAUAAGGAGGCAUAUUAAAGAUGUUGAACAGAUUGUUCAGUGUUUUUUCCUGACUUCCAACAUCUAUAUCAGGACUGUCUGGGAAAAGACAAGUUUAUCUGAACCGCAUUUUCUUCCUCUGUCCUGAUGUUUUAAAAAAUAUAGAGCUUCUUCAGACAUAAUUCACGCUCACGAAUUUAACUUAAAUCUGCAAAAUAACUGUAACCUUUCUGUGCCCACAGUGAACUUCAUUUUCAUACCUUUUUAUCAUGGUGAUAACAGCAAAUUUAGUGAUCUAUUCUAAUCAACUAUUGAAAAAACUAAUCUUUGAAGACUCUGUGAAAAUGCCAAAAAAGAAGGAUGCAAAUGUCAAUGGAUGAAAGAAAUUCAGGGUUGCCAUGGCAAUAUAAUUCACACUGUGCCUCACCCAGACCCUUGGUACAAGUUUCCAUUGAGGCAUCUGCACACUAACAACGUAUUUACCCAUUUGGCAGUGAGAUGUUACACACUGGAGCAAUAAGUACAUCACAAGGUAAAGAAGAGACUUUGUUAUCAUUAGGUGAAUCUGCAUCACUGUCUCAUUUAGCAGUGAUGCUCUUGGAGAGCUUUACUCAUGCAUGUUAAGCUCUGUGCAAGAGGGGCCACUGAACCCACUUUUCCACUGAAAAUGAAGUGAAAGUGAGAUCAGUAAAAUGAGACUAUUCUAAUAUUUUUCAGUAACUUUUAAACAAACUGAUUCCUUUGAAAAUGUGAUUACACAUCCCACCUGAAAUCAUUAAUCAGUGAUUAAGUUCUCUGAAAUUGUUGGCAAAGAGAGAAGAUGAAUAAAAAAUGUGGCCACGGAAAAAAAAUAUGCUUUGCUAAAAAAGGCAUAUCAGUAGAUCCAUUUCAGAUAAGUAUACAUGUUUAGUUUAGCCUGGGAAUCCAAAAAAGGUAAGUAGAAAUCUUGAAGUACUUCUGGAUGAUGUCCACCACAGAGGUCAGGGAUGCUCAAAACAGCUCAGAACUGCUGGGAAUAAGCUGACACGGAAGUCACCUCUGUUAAAAUUGAAAAAUUCAGCUCAAGUCAACUGGUUCAAAUACAUUCUUGUUGUGUGAAAGUCCUAUCUAUAAAAAUACCAAGCUAUUAAGA